AUCAAUAUUGUAAAGUAUGUAGAAUGAGAUGAGGAUGUGUUAGUUCGGGUCUGCUUUUGCAGUCUGAAUAUGAGAAUUGUAUAAUUGAAGUGGCACUACGCAAUGGAAUUGUGUGAUUUAAUAUCAGAGUACUGAUUGUCAGGAUGUCUGACUACAAUAUUUAUGCGAACAGGAGAAAUAUCAGUGUUGCUCAAGACAAAUUGGGUGCUUCGGUAGCGGGGCUUUCUGCCGUCACUGGACGACGUUCACCCGGAGACCAUGGCAUGGAGUGCCCUCCUCUGAAGCGCCAUAAGGGAGCAGGUCACAACGUGGCCGAUUGCUUCGGAGAGGACGAUGACUUUACACAAGAUGAUCUGGAUGAGAUUGAUACUAUUGCAUCCCAGGCAUUUACUGAGCCUGUGGAAGCGAACAAACCUGAACAAACCACGAAAAGCAGGCCAACAGCAGAGGUCAGAACUACCUUUGCUAUUGGCAACAGUUAUCAUGUGGGCAGCGAUGGUGGGCUGAGCAAGUUGGGCACCUCUGACAGAUCCACAACCAAGGAAACCUGCGGAAAUGGAGAACAAUUCAGGAGAGGCAGAGAAGCAUUCUAUGAGUCAUUUGAAGCUCAACAUGAAGAGCUUAAGAAAAAGCUGAAGGAAGCGGAGUCUCAGCUGCUGAUGAAGAACGGGGAGAUCCGAGUGCUGCGGGACUCUCUGCAGCACACAGAGCAAGAGCGGGACAAGCAGAGAAAAGCCCAGCUCCUCUUGGAGAAAGAAAGAGCCAACAUCCAGAGUGAAAAGGAGAAGGAGCUGGCAAAGAAGGUGCAGUCCUUGCAGUCAGAACUACACUUUAAAGAAGCAGAGAUGAAUGAAAUGAAAAUCAAACUGCAGAGCUGUGACCGGGGGAAUAAACUCACUUUUCCAUCUGUUUCUAAACUUAGCCCCCGACGAUGUUCUCCUGGAAUUCUGCAGCAGGAAAGAACUGCCUCUCCUGUAAGCGGCCGGAAUUCUUUUCUCUCAAAGGAGGUCUUCUCUGCUGAACUGCCUGUGAAGCACUCGCAUGUUAAAGUCCAGAAGGUCAGCCAAGGUUCCUCUUUCAAGGAAGAUGAAAAAGCACUUUGCACUGACAUGAAAAGAAGCAUCAAGGAUGAUAUACAUCAACACACUUCCUGUCUAUCUGAGCCCGUUCAAUUUCAAGGAUCCAUCCUGCUGAACCUCCUGCUACAGUGCCCUCUUUGCCCCAGCACUCUAGGACUCUGUCAUCUGCUGUGCAUCAGCCCCGACUCGCUAUUUCAGCACAAAUUCUUCAGUUCAGCAUCAUCUCCCGAGUCCUGUGAUCCUUCAGCAGAGACUAAAGCCAUCCGGCGACCUCACAACAGCUUUAGUAAAGCGCAGAGCCUUGCCAUUUCUGGACUUCAUAUGCUAGCUCUUGACCACAACUCUGAUGGUGUCUGGCAGCUAGACACAGACAGAAGAAACUCUGGUGCAGGGCACCUUUUACCGCUAUUGGACUAUCACAUUGGCAUGUUUUGCCAGGCACUGAAGAAUGUGGAAAAGUCUGGGAAGAGCCCUCGAAGUGGAUCCUCUCCCAAAGGCAGUAUGAGCUCUGGUACAGAAGAGUCCCUAGUGAACCUUGAAGACUUCGCUCUUGCUGCCCUGAAAGCUCUGUACCAUUUAGUGUCCCAGAGCAGGGAAGUGGUUCAGACUUUGCUUUCACAGCAGAAUAAGAUGUGGACGAAAGAAAGUGAUUUGGAAGCCAAUAAAUCGAAACCGGCUGCGUUUGUUCAAGACGAAAACAAUCCGGGAACUUCAAAAGUUGACGAAGCAGCGCCUCGUGUCAUAGACGCAGUGGAAGAACCUCACCCUUUGUUCAGCAGGCUGCUCCUUCUGGCUGACCCUGUUUUCACAAAAGCUGCCUGUCAGAGAGAGACCGUGUUAAUCAGCAGUUUGACAACCUUGAAUAUGCUGGCUGAAAGGGCUCCUGAAUCACUACUGACAAGGUUCAAGUGUUUCCUCAGCAGCCAGUAUUUGAUGGGUUGCCUAUCGCGAGAAACCUCAUAUCGAAUCGUUUGCCUGACUGUCAGUCUACUGGCUCGUACUGCUAGCAAUCAGGAUAUGGCUGCUCUGCUCUGUUCACACUUAGAUGAAUGUCCUUUCUUCAGAUUAUACACAUAUAUAACUCCCAGACCUGAUAGACUGGUGACUGACAAUUGUGGAACUCAGCUGGAUUUAGAGGUUGUUCGGCUCUUAACAAAGCUGUGCACCCAGAGUUCUUCCUCAAGUGCUACUCUUUUUAAAUCGUCGUGUCAGUGCAAUAAAGAGAUAGUGCGCACCCUAGUGGUGAUCCUGCACAGGCAGUGGCUGCAGGUGAGGGCGCAGGAGUGCGGGGAGGAGCAGGGUGUGAGGCCCCAGCCCGGGACCCUCCCGCUGCUGAGGGAGGCCCUGCAGCUGCUGCACUGGCUGUCCCAGCACGACCCCGGCUUCGCCGAGCACUGCCUGGACGUGCUGCACAUGUACGGCCAGGUGAUCCCAGCCGUCCGGGAUGCCUUCCGCAAGAUCCCGUGCCUGUGGGGGAGCGAAGAAUUGGCUUUAGAAGAAAUCUGUCGUCCGGAGGCAGAUGUGGAAGACAUGGAUAUCGACCAUUACUACUCAUAGGUGUUUUCAAGUUUGCGGUUUGCUUGCAGGAGUGUAAGUUACAUAAAAUGCACAGUCUUGGGCAUACGUGUUUUUCUUCAUUAGCCUUUUACACUGUAAUUCACUUUUUAAAGGCAUAAUACUGACUCCUUUUCAGUGACAGAGACCACAUAUCGUGUUUUUUUUAUUUUAUUUAACAGUUUGAUUUAAAAAAAACUGCCUCAAGUAACAAAUUAAAGGUCUAAUUUUCCCUAUUGGAAAAUCAGCCCUCUAAUACAUUUACUAUGGCAUUUUAUCUCUCAUGAAAGAAAGGACAACACUUUUUUUCUGAACAUUUACACAAGAACCAUUUCCUCUUGAUUCCUGUCAAGCUUAUUAUUUGUUGCCGAUUAAGAACUAUUGCAUUUCUUCUAUUAAUUUCUGUGAAAUUUAAAGCCACCUUCAUUUCCUGAUUAUGUUCCCACUGUCUAAAAAACUGUAUCUAUUGUGUAUACUCAUACUCCUUUUAAAUAGAGAAUUAUGUUAUGAAUUCUUAAAUAAAAUUAGCAAUUUUGCCUGGAAAAUGGACAUGGGAGUUCUGUUAAACACUUGCAUGAAUAUUAAAUACGAGGAAAAAUGCAUGAUUUAGAGGUUCUAGUCCAUUAUAUUUUAAAACUAUUAAAUUAAAUGUUACACAAUCUCAAUUUCAUUUCAGGUGACAAUGAGCAGAAUAGCAGUGCUUUAUAACACAUCCUUAUACCUUAAUUUUGAACCAGGACAAACUCCAUUUUAGAACUUACACAAGUCUUAGCUCUGUGGUUUAAUCUAUCAAUUGUAAAGUGCAAACACUCUGAACUAGUAGAUAUGUUACCCAUAUGAUAUGUUAUCUUGAGAACGUGGGCCCAUGGCAUCUUGCCGAAGUUAUUCAAAGUCAAACUGGCUCUGGAAAAUACUAGAUUUGUUUACAGCCAUGCAGGUUCACAAAGGUUACAAUGAAAAGCUUAUAUACAGGUUUGGAUCUCUUAAGUCUUAAUAUCCAAUGAAAUUACUAUGAUUAUUGACAGUUUAAUUGUUAUUCUGAUUAAUUCUGCACAGCCAGAUGCUGAGUUAAAUUACAAUUUAAGAGGUUCCCUUUUCAUGAAUAUGGUUAAUAUAAUUGCUUGGAGCCUGCAAUUCUGAAAUGGAUAAAAUUGCACUGCAAUAGGAAACUUUUCUUCUCCGAAGCAGUAUGACAAGACACCAUAAAAAUCCCACUGUUUCACAUCAUUCAUUACCUGACAGGUGGAAAUCCAAGUAAAUACUAUUUGUGUAAUGCAGAAAACAGAUGUGCACAUAGGAAUGUUAGUGGUAUCAUCACAAUGAUGUUUAUUCCACACAAAAACAUAUGCAUAUCUAGUACUUUGUAUUUUGUCUAACACCUUAAAUACUUCUCACAAGAUACUACUAAAACAGGGUGAGGUGUAUUGUUAACUCUUCAGAAAGGAAGCAAACUCAUCUAACUGCAUUUUUUUUU